AUGGAUCCUAGCGGAAGUGACCUGGAUUCGAGUUUGCCCCAUGCAGAGAACCCGUGCCUGAUCGUGGAGGACUCCCAGCCCGACAGUGCGGCACUGGAGGACGACCCGGACAGUAGCUACCGCGCCUUGCUCGCCCGCCGCUUGUCCAGCCUGCAGCCCGCCACCUCCCACAGCCCUGUACUGGAGCUGAUCUCCUCUCCGGCAGGAAACCGAUACUCCGAGACAGACAGCCAAUCAGAGAGGGUCCAGAACAACAAUCACAACGGGCCAGUCAACCAGGAGGAAAGUCAAGUCCUAGAAGUUUGCUCCAAUACAAGAAGGUGUGUUACAGAAGACAUGGCCACGGAGUCUGGUGCGGACUCCACUACACACUGCGCCCAGUCUGAAGGAGGAGUGUCCAAGUUUGAUUUUCUGGAGCUUUCUGAGAGCCAGGGUCUGGGUGAAGUGGUGGGGAACAGUCAGGAGGAGGAGGGCCCUACUGCUGCCCAGACAGACAGCCAGAGACACAACAAGCCAGGUGAACAGAAGAACACAACCAGGGGCUUGCCUUCAGGCAGUCAGGACAGCAAAUCCAAGAGGUCGGAGGUGAGCUCUAGCAGCUCGUCGGAGCCCCUGGGUUGUGCCGGCCGGGAACUGAGUGUCCAGGCUUUGCUCCACUCCCAGGGCCUGCAGGCCUCCGAGGACCAGGAUCCCAAAGGGGACGACUCUGAGCUGCUGUCCUCUCAGGAGGACCUCUUCAACACUGACAAGACAGGCACAGGGGUGGACAGCACAAUGUCAGAGCCAGAGAACGAAGGCGUGCCCACCCUGACCCCUGCCCACACCCUGCGUCUGCUGCACCUCUCUGGGCAGGGCACCCUGGUGCAGGAGAGCCUCUCUCAGAACUCUGUUGACUUUGUAGCACCCACCCAGGAAAAUUUGAGCCAAACACCUUUUAUUGUCCCCAAUUCACCGACAGGACAAGAAAAUGAACUGGGUGCCGACGAACCAAUGGACACGUCUAUGCCUCCGGAGGACCAAUCGGAUGGCAAGGAGGAGGAGCCAAUGGACAUGGACCCAGCUCCUAAGUCACACCCCUCGGCAUCCACCCCAGUAUCCCAGAACUCCCCAGGUUUUGUGUUGGAGAGGACCCUCUCUCUGCCUACCCAGCCUGAGUUCUCUCAUGAUGUAUUUGUCCCAACCCAGAGUCAAGAGGCUGGAAGCAGUAGCAUAGCUCCACAAGAGACGCACAGCAGGAAAGUGACAUCAUCAUCAUCCCAACCCACAGCACUGGAUUCAAGCUCACCCAAGAUGGCCGCUGCACCCGCCCAGUCCAAAGCACCCACAACAACUGACCGAGAACACUCUGUGACUGAUUCUUUCCAACUGGAGCUGUCUGUGAAUACUCAGAGCUGUAGUCUGGCCCAGCAGGCUUCCAUGCAGGCUGGGGGGAAGGAUGUCGAGGAGGACAGUCAGGCUACACAGAUAGAAGGUCUGGACGGACCCCUACAGAUAGACACCAGUGACUCUGUGAUUUCACGUAACAGCCAGAAGAGGGAAAGUAACGGGGUCCCCUCCGACCCAAAAACACCUGCUAUUUUGCCAAAAGUUCCUCAGGUGCCUGACUUGCUGAAGACUAGCGGGGAAAGUACCAGGAGAGAGGAAUGUAACACUUCACAGAAGUCUGACACGCACAAACAGACAACCUUGAAUGUACGCAACGUGAAUAUAGGUGAUGAUGGUAUCAAUGUGACCAAAACAGAUAGUUCUCAGAAGCAGGAUGCCAAGGCCUCCUCCCCCUCUCCCUCCUCCCAACAGAAGCUUGAAACCAUAGACUUAUUCACCCCUAGCAGCUGUGUGCAGGAGACGCCUUCUUCCUCGAAUAGCGCUCCCUGUAGUUUGGCCUCCCUGUCUCAGUCUCAAUCCCAGUCUGUUUUCUCACAGAUGUCUCACGUGGGCUCAGUGAAGGCUCUCUCGCCGAGUCCAGGUGUUUGUGUAGACUCCAGAAGAGAUGGAGGAGGAAGGAGAGAAGUAGGAGAAGCAGGAGGGGGAGUGGGAAGCCCGACGAGCUCACAGAAGAACCGGGACCUGUCUAAAUCCAUACAGUCUUUAUCGCAGGAGCGUGGAGGCACUGCUACCAACAGCCCAAAGGAGAAAAACAAAGCAGAUGAAGAAGAGGAAGAAGGGAUGGAGGAGGGGGGAGAGAAGCAGCAGGACAGCACGUUGGGGCCCGAGGGCUCAGGCCUCUAUCUGUCUCUCUCUCAGAGCCAGGUGCUUUCUCCAGAGCCCAUGGAGGAAGAAGAGGAGGAAAAAAGAGGGAAGUUCUCUGUCUCGCACUCCAGGAGCGAGGGAGGAGGAGGAGAGGAGGAGAGCUGCAGCAGCAUCAUUGUGCUGGAGGAGAGCGAGAGGAGCUCCCAGCUACUGGAGAAGGAAGGGAAGUUGCCGUCGAACAUGGGCACGUCUCAGCCAGUGGCAAGCCGGCGGGGGUCAGUGUCGUCCAAUGGCACAGGGUCACAGCUGAAGGACACCCAGCUGGUACCAAUCGGACUUGCCCAGGUUGAAAAGGAAGGUUCUAGGGAAGCAGAGGGGCUCCGAGACAAGAGCCUCAGUGACAGCUCUGGAGAGAUUCCAUUCCACUUCACUCUCCCCAAAGAAGGUGAGCUGAUUGGCCCUCCUGUGAGUGCCACUCCCCCUCUGAUCAGCCAAUUGAAGCAGACACCGAGACACAGCACUCCGAUUGACAUGACUUCCUUCUCUGAGAAGUCCGCGCCGGUGGGUGACGUUUCCACGGAGAUGGCGACCAGCGAAAUCACGGUGGGGGAGAGUGGCGAGGACACGGCCGAAGGGGCUGAUGGGAAACUUAGUUUGCGGAUGAAGCUGGUGACCCCUGUGGAGGAGGGCAGCUCAGAACGCUUCAGCCUGCAGAAGCCACCGCAAUCAGACGAGGAAGGCUCUGUCUCCAAGGUUACCACCGUUGUCAAGGCUGUAACCAGCCCCUCUGUGUUCAGCAGGGUGAGGGAGGCCCACAGACAGGUGAUGGAGGACCAGGCCGAGGCCCAUCCCAGUGACCAUGGAACCCCUGUCAGAGGGGAACUGUUCAGCUCACCCUCACAGCAGAAAAGCUCCCAAAGACCCUCCACCCCCUCUCCCUCCCUGGAAUGCAUCAGCCUCCCCAACAGCCAAUCCGAGCCUCUCUCCAGCCCCCGCCAGGAAGUGAAGCGUACGUUGCCUUUGGGCCUCAGAGAGAAAGAGCCUCCUGCUGAACCAUCCACCCCAGGCCGUCCAGCAGUGAAAACACCACAAAAAGGCACCGCAGCUGGAGAUAGAGGGCCGUGUGGGCCCCCGGAGCCAUCCACCCCCACCAGAGCCGCUGCCAUCAGACUGAGGGCCGUGUCCCAGCAGACAAGCUUUGACAACACCGUCUCUCCCAGUUCACCCAGUAAGGUAAGAGCAACUGGGUUAGCUACAAGGAUAUGGUUGAUCAUAUUGCAAGGGAAUAGAAAGAGAUUUUACAUAACGUUUCUAAACAUAUCUGUCUGUAAUGUUCAAAAUGUUGAUGGUGCUCUUUGUCCUAUUGACUCUCUCAGGGGUGCCGGCGUCCCGCGUGCCAAUGCCCGCGGCCAACCCCUGUCCUCCGAGGAUGAGCCCUACACCCGCCUGUGUCCCACCCCGCACAUCCCAGACAGCCCAGCGGUCCCCAGCCACUCCUCCACGUCUCUCCUCACCACCACUUCCCAAGAUGAAGGCAGCCCAACUGGGAGCAGCUUCGUGGGGCUUCGCGUGGUGGCCAAGUGGUCCAGCAACGGCUACUUCUACUCAGGCCGCAUCACCAAGGACCUGGGCGAGGGGCGUUACCGGCUGCUCUUCGAUGACAGCUAUGAGUGCGAGGUCACGGGCAAGGACAUCCUGCUGUGCGACCCCAUCCCCCUGGACACUGAGGUCACGGCACUGCUGGAGGACGAGUACUUCAGCACAGGUCGAGUGAAGGACUACAAGAAGGAGGGCGAGGACUUGUUCUACAGUGUGGAGAAGCAGGGCCAGACUACAGCUGUAGAGAGGGAGGGCCAGACUACAGCCACUACAGCUGUAGAGAGGGAGGGCCAGACUACAGCCACUACAGCUGUAGAGAGGGAGGGCCAAACUACAGCCACUACAGCUGUAGAGAGGCAGUGGUACAGCCGCAGCUCUGUCAUCCUGACCAUGGAGCAAGGCAACAGGCUGAGAGAACAGUACGGCCUGGGGCCCUACGAGCCCUCCACACCCCUGGCCAAGGCCUCUGAUAUCAGCCUGGAUAACCUGGUGGAGGGGAAGAGGAGACGCAGGGGGAUCACAGGAGGGGCCAGCCCCCUCACCCCUGGCCCCUCUGGGAAGAGGAAGCUGAUCAGCUCUGAGGACAGGGACAGGACCCCGGCUAAGCGAGGUCGCAGAGGGGGAGGGGGAGCCAGAGCCGGUCAGCGGGUUGGUGUGUGUAACACCUCAGGCAGUGGCACCGACCUGCCCUGGGACCAUAGUGACCUGGUGGAGACUCACGGCCCGCUGCCUCAGAGUGCAUCUCUCUUCCUCGGCUUUGCCUUCAUGCUGACCGCAUCAUCAGAGAGCGACCGCCAGACCAACCAGCCAAUCAGCGAUGGCGAGGAGGAGUAUGUGCAGACGGCCCCCUAUCACAAACGCUACACUGAGACCCAGCUCGAAGCCGGAGCAGGCUUCAUCCUCCACGACUUCAACGAGGAACAGUGCAAGGCGGCCUAUCAGAGCCUGCUGAUCACCGACCAGCAUAGCCGAACCAGGAAGUACCUGCUGUGUGUGGCCAGUGGCGUGCCGUGUGUGUCUCACAUCUGGGUGAGGGACUGUUGCAAGGAGGGCAAGCUGCUCAACUACAGGAACUACCUGCUGCCCGCCGGAGUGGGCCCUGACGAGCGCAUAGUGGAAUGGCAUCCGCGCUGCAGCCCGUUUAAGGCCCUGCGGGUCCUGUUGGUAUUUGAGGAGCCGGCGGAGCUGUGGUCUGAGCUGCUGAUGAUGAAUGGAGCUUCCUCUGUGAGACAGCACCAAGCAGAAAAGGACAGCUCUGACAUUCCUGUGGGCAAGUUUGACGUGGUGGUCACAGACCGCACCUGUCCGCCGUUGGUUCUGAAGAGUGUGACAUCACAGGAAGUACCCAUGGUGUCGCCCGAGUGGCUAAUCCACAGUCUGAUCUGUGGGGAGCGCCUGGAAUACCAUAGCAACCCCCAAUAUCGUCAUGACUACACAUCCUAAUCCGAGCCUCCCUUCGCACACAAAGGUUUAUUGUAGGUAGAAGAUGCCCUUAUCCUCAGAUCUGGGAUCAGUUUCCCAACUCACAAUCAUAACCAUUAUGAGGGAUAUCUGACCCUGUGUCAGUGUUUAGGAGCAACUUGUACCUACAUACAAUACAUUUAACGUGGUUAACGGUGUGUAUCAGUUCAAUUGCAUGCUACUGUAUAUAGUUUUAACCUGUCUGUUUUUAUGGAAUAAUAAACUGACUAUUUCAUUUUAA